CGAGAGGGAGGGAAUUCUUUUUAGUUUUGGGCAGUAAGCGACGUCAACAAAACAACUCAACAGUAUAACUACAUCGGUUUUAUCUUCCGAGGCUGAACUUACACUCGGAGAUAUAUCAAUCACCAAUAUGUUCAAAUUUUCCAGAUAGGACCGCAUUUCGUAGGAGAUGAAAACGUUAAUCAUGAACCUUGCGAAGAUUCAUUUCAGCCUCAUAAGAGUUUUACCGCAACAAACAUACUCGUGUAUAAGAACACUGUGUGCGACCACCAGAGAUCCAAAUAGGAGAAUCCAAAGACCGAAGUUGAAUUAUGAGUAUCUCUACAACCCAGACAAUACAAAAUACAUCGAGAGACUCAUAAAGCAUCGGAAAAAUGUUGGUGAUAUACACAAAGUGCUACAGCUGAGGCAGAAGCUGGGAUCAGUGAGUGAGAGUUCACAUGAGUACCAGUUACUACAGGAAGAACUAGAAAAGGAGGCACUGAAUAUCCCAAACGAUGCCAGUCCUCACCUAUGGGCGUAUGGAGAGGAACCAAAGGUCCUCGAGUACGUCAAUCCAAAACCACAGUUCUCCUUUACCCCACUGGAGCUCGGUCAGCUUGGGCAGAGGCUGGAUAUCUUGAGGACGGAAAAUCUGGGCAAUGUGACUGGAACUCGCAGCUACUUCUUCAAGGGGGCACUGGCAGAGCUGGAGCAUGCCCUCGUCAAGUAUUCAGUGUCACACCUGCUGAAGAAAGGCUUCACCCUCAUGUCUGUGCCUGACCUACUGUACUCAGAGAUCAUUGAGGGCUGUGGCAUGAACACACAAGGAGAACACUCACAGGUUUACCACAUUGUGGGGCCAAGUGAAGGUGUGUGUUUAGCUGGCACUGCAGAGAUGUCCCUUGGUGGAUACCUGAGGGGGAGACAGCUGGAGACCCAUAAGCUACCCUCGAAGCUGGCAGCUGUCUCCAGAUGCUACCGGGCUGAAAGCUCAGGUCAGGCGGAAGAGAGAGGUAUCUACAGGGUUCAUGCAUUCACCAAGGUAGAGAUGUUUGGAGCAACAGCAGCAGACACAGGACAAGAGAGCCAUGAUCUCUACUCUGAAAUGGUGCUCCUGCAGAAGGAACUUUUCUCAAGGCUGGGAAUCCAUUUUCAGGUGUUGGACAUGCCUCUACAUGAUCUUGGUGCCCCAGCAUAUACCAAGACAGACAUAGAAGCAUGGAUGCCAGGCAGGGGGAUGUAUGGUGAGAUCUCCUCUGCUUCCAACUGCACUGAUUAUCAGUCUGCUCGCCUCAACAUCACCUACAAGGAUGCAAGCGGCAGGGAAAGGCUGGUGCACACUGUCAAUGGAACUGCCUGUGCAGUCCCUCGUCUGGCUAUUGCACUGUGUGAGACUUUCCAAGACAGUGAUGGAAACAUUUCAUUGCCACCAUCUCUCCACCCCUACCUGCCUGGGCUCUCCAAGAUCUGUCCCCCCAGCACCCCCUGCCGCACCACCUGGCUCAGACAAAAAUCUUUCCAGGGGACCAUAGUGCCUCCAGGAGAAGGAAUAUAAUGUUGCAAAAUGCAGUAGCUGUCAAGAAUAUGAAUUCAAUAAAAAAUAUGUAUAUUUUUUUCCCACAUAAUGCUGUAAAAUGCUGUAGCUGUCGAAUAUAAAUUCAAUUUAAAA